UCCUAAUACUAAUACCCUAGUGAGUCUCUGUCUCAUGUUUGUUUGUCAGGGGUUUAUGUCUGGUCUGGUAUUGUGACGCAUGUUGUUGCAGUUGCACAACACAAACAAAGAUACAUAGAUUCAUUCAUAUUAGUAUUAGAUCUCUCUCUCUCUUUCUCUGAAUUUCACUCAAGUUAUCAAUAGUUUUCGUUCAUAGAAACUAGAAAGAUGUGUGAAAGUAGUAGUAGCAGAGUCACAUGGGAAGGUUGCAGCGUCUUGCUCGACAUCAACGACGGUGACCGUCUCGUUUUCGCUCGUCUCUCCCCCGCUGCAAAAUUGAAGAUUGGGAAUAAGAACUGCUCUCUGCAACCGUUAAUUGGCUGUCCCUUCGGUACUGUUUUUCAAGUCGAUGGACCUUUCCUCUCUCCCGCACAAGUUAAUGGUAAUAAUGCUGAAGAAGUAAGAGAUGGUCAAGUAAGUGUCGAGUCCAGGGACAAAGUUAAUAAUGAUAAUAAUCCUGAAGAAGUGAGAGAUGGUCGAGCAAAUGUUGAUUCGAGGGACAAUCGUGCCUUGGUUGACAAUAACACGGCACAGAGCCUGACUGGUGAGGAUAUAGAAGCCAUGCGAAGACAGGGUGCGGGAGGUAAUGAAAUAAUUGAAGCUCUCAUUGCCAAUAGUGCAACAUUCGAGAAGAAAACAUCAUUCUCACAGGAGAAAUAUAGACUUAAGAAGCAGAAGAAAUAUGCACCAAAAGUACUUAUGAGGCGUCCUGUUGCUCGAAGUAUAUGUGAGGCCUAUUUUAAGAAGUAUCCAUCUAAAAUUGGAUUCUUGCGGGUGGACACAUUGUCCCUUCUACUUUCCAUGGGUAAUGUUUCUUCAAAUUCUGACAUUCUUGUAGUUGAUAUGGUUGGUGGCCUUCUUACUGGUGCUGUGGCAGAACGUUUAGGAGGUACUGGUUUUGUAUGCAACUCAUAUAUUGGGCAGGCACCAUAUUCCAUGGAUAUUGUGAGGAUAUUUAACUUAAGUGAUGAAAUCUGCAAGAGAAUUGUACGGUCUCCCAUUUCUGACUUGUUAUCACAAAAAGAAUCACCUGAACAAACUCUGCAACCUGAUGAUGCGUGCAAUGUGGAAAGCCAGUCAAAUGAUCAAAUAUCUGCAUCGACCAGCAUGGAGGAUAUCUCUCAUUCAUCGGAAAAUGGAAUUUCUGAUCUUGGGGCUGAGAAUACUGAACCUGCUAAAGAAGUUUGGAAAGCUCCAAAGGCCGGAGAAAGGGCGCAAAAAGAAAUCAUUGACUUGUGGAAGGAAAAUGGUUUUUCUAGUCUAAUUAUUGCUGCACCAGAGUUGGAUACUUGGACAUUGGUUAGAGAUAUCUUGCCCCUUUUAGCAGACUCUGCUCCAUUUGCUAUUUAUCACCAAUAUCUUCAGCCUCUUGCAACUUGCAUGCACAAUUUACAGCUUGAGAAAAUGGCUAUUGGAUUGCAAAUAACAGAGCCUUGGCUGCGUGAAUACCAGGUACUUCCAUCUAGAACUCACCCAUGCAUGCAAAUGAGCUCAUUUGGGGGCUACAUUCUCAGUGGGACUAAGAUAUGCAGCACAGAAUGAAUAUUCAGUUUUGCUUUGAUUACUAACUUUCUCUCCUUUGGAUAAUAGCACAUGAAUCCCAAUGACCAAUUGUGUUUCUGCUUUAUAAUGUACUAAUUCAACAUUUUUUUAGUUUCUGACGAGAUUUUGGUCGCCCAAAGGAAAAAUAUGGCCACUGUACACUAGUCUUUUUUUUUUUUUUUCAUGUUUACUGUCUGCAAACCUUUUAAUUGGCGCAUAAAUUUAUUGUGGGCUGUAAUAUUAUGAUAUUCUUAUAGAUUUUGUAUUUUAGAUGAUU